GCGGAGGAGACGGGUGGAGAGGUGGACGUGGAUCCUGAGGACGAGAAGGCCAUCGAGAUGUUCAUGAACAAGAACCCGCCGCUCAGACGCACGCUAGCCGACAUCAUCAUGGAGAAGAUCACGGAGAAGCAGACGGAGGUGGGCACCGUGAUGUCCGAGGCGUCGGGACGCGCCGCUCCUCAGCUGGACCCGCGGGUGCUGGAGGUGUACAGAGGCGUCAGCAAGGUCCUGUCCAAAUACCGCAGCGGGAAACUUCCCAAAGCCUUCAAGAUCAUCCCGGCUCUCUCCAACUGGGAGCAGGUGCUGUACCUCACCGAGCCGGAGACGUGGACGGCCGCCGCCAUGUACCAGGCCACCAGGAUCUUCUCGUCGAAUCUGAAGGAGCGAAUGGCUCAGCGCUUCUACAAUCUGGUGCUGCUGCCCAGGAUCCGAGACGACAUCGCCGAGUUCAAGCGGCUGAACUUCCACCUGUACAGCGCGCUGAAGAAAGCGCUCUUCAAACCCGGAGCCUGGUUCAAAGGAAUCCUGCUGCCGCUGUGUGAAUCCGGCACAUGUACUCUGAGAGAAGCCAUCGUCAUCGGCAGCAUCAUCACCCGAUGCUCCAUCCCUGUGCUGCACUCCAGCGCCGCCAUGCUGAAAAUCGCAGAGAUGGAGUACAACGGAGCCAACAGUAUUUUCCUGCGACUGCUGCUGGAUAAGAAGUACGCGCUGCCCUUCCGCGUGCUGGACGCUCUGCUCGCACACUUCCUGACGUUCCGCGCGGACAGACGGACGCUGCCGGUGCUGUGGCACCAGAGCCUGCUGACGCUAGUGCAGCGCUACAAAGCUGACCUGUCCUCCGAACAGAAGGAGGCGCUGCUGGAGCUGCUGAAGUGCCAGACGCAUGCGCAGAUAUCGCCCGAGAUCCGGCGCGAGCUGCAGAGCGCUGAGUCACGCGACCUGGAGGACGCUACGCCCGUCAUGACCGUCGACUGAGCCGCCGCGGACUUCCGUCGUAACGCGCGAUUGUGUUGCAAUAUAUUUAGCAUUCUUUGCAGUAAUGCAUUGUUUGUAUUUUUGGACUACACUUUUGGUUAGAACUUGUGUUACUAGGGAAUAAAAUUACGUUGUAUA